AUGGCAGAUACUAUCAAGUCUAUAUACGAAAAGAAUAAGCAAAGGCGUGUUUAUUCAAGAGAGAUGGAGAUAAACCACACCUUUAUGGGUAGUUUCGAAGUGCUUGGACGAGACUCUGAUAAACAAAAAAUUAUAGACAUUUUGAUGAAACCAAACAAGGAAGGUGAAACGGUUGAUGUAAUUCCUAUAGUUGGACUUGGAGGUCUUGGGAAAACCACUCUAGCCAAACUGGUGUAUAGUGACAAAAAGAUAGAUGAAAACUUUGACCUAAAAAUGUGGGUAAGUGUACCUGCGGACUUCGAUAUGAUUAAGUUGAUGAAAGAAGCUUAUUCUUCUGCAACCGGUCAAGAUCAUGUUGAAUUAGAAGCAGAUGAGUUAGAAAACCGCUUGCUAGAAGAAUUGGUUGAUAAGAAAUUUUUGCUCGUAUUAGAUGAUGUGUGGAAUAAUAUUUCUGAUAGAUGGGAAAACUUGAAAAAUUUAUUCAUGCAGCAGCAAGCAUGUGGGAGUAAAAUUGUGGCUACUACGCGUAGUAAGCAAGUUGCAAAACUAACAGCAGGCACCGCUCCUGGGUGUGAUUUAACAUGCCUUCCUCAUAAGGAUUGUAUGUCGUUGUUUUUGAAAUCAGCGUUUAGAGAGGAAACGAAGAAAGCAAAUCCAGAACUUAUUGAAAUUGGGGGUCAAGUUGUGGAAAAAUGUGGUGGCAAUCCUUUAGUAGUGAAAACUUUGGGCACCCUACUUUAUCAAAACACAAACAUGUGUGAUUGGUCCCUAAUUAAAGAGAGUGUUAUAACUUAUAAGGGUGCAAGAUAA